GCACGAAGAGCGGCCGCUACCAUCACUUGUGCCACUUCUCCUGGGGAUACCAAAAAACGAGAUGCGGCUCUUAGUAGUUGGUUUGGCAUUGAUGGUGGGCGGAGCCUGGGGCCAAUCCCACUUUUCCAACAUCGAGAAAGAGCCCCUAGGUCUUCCUAGUGAUUACUUUGAACACCACGACGUUGAGCAGAAGAGUGUGGGUUCCGGAGCUCGCACGGACGUUCAUCAUCACUACCUAGGGGACCACAGCUCCUCCUUCGCCUCAGUUGGACAGCUGCCCUUCGGAGUCCGUAUCCCCGGGUACGAUAGAGUCCAUUACUCCUACGGAUACACCGUAUCUGAAGAGCCGAACCCGAACAGACCUCAGAUCCAACUAGAGACGGCAGAGGAAGCCAGAAAUCAGUUAGCCAGUUCUGGAUUUCAUUCUGUUAAUUUUCCCGAUCCUCAAAAGACCAUUAUGGUGUCUCCUGGCACGGAGUAUCUUACACAGUCAGCAGUGCCACCUAGCAGUGUGCAUCUAAUUCCAAAGGGUAAAAUUCCGUCUCCAUCGGUUCCUCUGCCACUGAUAGACGAUUAUCUUUCCCCUGACCCCAAACCCCGAACAGACCCUUCCCCUAACACACCUAUGCCAGUGACUGACCCUCCUAUGUUAUCACCAGUGAUACCUGAGGCGGAAUCGACUCCAGAUACUGAACCUUUUACCACCGUCACACCGGCAGAGUCCCUGCCUCCCGUACUUCAGCCACACGGCGUGAGAGGUAAACAGGCGGCUGAUACAUCUGCACCGAUCAAGGAAGCCUCACCUUCACUUCUCCAGGAGACUGACCACAUCACUGUUCAUUCAGAGCCAUCAGUGAAGCAGCCUAUAGUAAUUUUAGCUGAGCAACACGACCAACCUAUGGAGCUCAUGGCUGAAAUGUCUUCAGGUCCUCCUUUAGAAGUGAUCGAAGAGAAUGCUACAGAGCCGGUGGUGGUGCAGGAAGACCUGACAACACAGGUGCCGGUGAGAGCACUGCCGAAGUACCAGCCACAUAUACAUAAUACCCAGUCAGAAGGACCCGACCUGCUUCCUGUGAUGCGAGAAGAGCAACACAAGGUGACACAAGCUCUCUCCAAGGAACCAUCUCGGCUGAGAGAUUCAGUCGUUGUGAGAGGAACACCCUACCCAUCUUCCAUCUCCGUCUUCAGCAAAACUGAAGAUAAUGCAGUCGGAGCCAGGUCCUUCCCGCCACAGGAACCAGUAGCGGUCAUCAAUAGGGACAAACCCGAGUGCUCCCAGAGUAGGGAAUGUAGCGACUAUGAAGUGUGUGUGAAUGAGAAGUGCGUCGACGGGUGUGUGAUAGCUGAGGGUGUGUGUGUAGGUAAUGCUCAGUGUCGCACCCGGCGCCACACUCCCGCCUGUGUUUGUCUCGAUAUGUCUGUAUCCGUCACGGUGUAUAUUGGAGGACGUCAGGCGUAUGACUGUAAGCCUACAGCCAUGUCGGUGCAUCGUAGUCGUCCAGGCCUCCAGAGGCCCGUUGAUGUCUCUGGCCGCAUCUUGAACAGGGGUCGGCAACCCCAAAUCUCCGAAGUCGGUGGCACCUUUCACAAUUCUCACCGGACAGACAUGUCCAGUGAGAGAGUGGACAUCUUCCAGCGAGAGGAGUUUGACACUUCAAGAAACCCUUGCCAACCCAGCCCUUGCGGGUCCAACACCCGCUGCGAGACCGCUCGAAGUGGCGGGAUCGCUGGGCGUAAUACCGUGCAUGCUCGCUGCCGUUGUCUCGAAGGAUUCGUACCCAAUGGAAAUACCAUCGUCGGUUGCAAGUAUCAAUGUUUAGAUGACAGAGAGUGUCCAGACGAUUAUCAGUGUCGCGGGCAGAAGUGCGUGCGGGUGUGCGAGGCGGGCGCAUGCGGCAUCAACGCUGACUGCGAGGCCGUGAAUCACAAGCCUCGCUGUUCCUGCCCACCAGGAUUCAGAGGCAACCCUGAAUCUAGGUGCUCUAGAGAACAGAUUGAGGUUCGGGACGCCCCAGAACCUCUCGAGGUGGAUCCUUGCUUCUCGUCGCCCUGUGGUGAAAACGCUGACUGCAGGGAUGAGCGAAGCAGAGCUGUGUGCACCUGCCCAUUCGGCUAUUCCGGAGAUCCCCUUACCAGGUGCAACCGUGGAGAGUGCACAGAGAACGACCACUGCUCGCCCAACAAAGUGUGUCAAGGGCUGAAGUGCAUCGAUCCUUGCUCCGACAGGUCAAUGUGUGGUGCCAAUAGUAAUUGCCAAGUGAGGAAUCACCAAGUCAUCUGCACUUGCAUUUCCGGAUAUGUUGGUGAUGCCGUCAGAGGCUGCGACAGGUUUGACCCCGCAACACUGUGCAACCCGAGCCCGUGUGGCCAGAACACGAACUGCAAGGUGAAGGAUGGACGCGCUGUGUGCUCCUGCUUUGUAAACUACCGUGGAGACCCUCUCACAAAAUGUAUCCCAGACUGUGAGCGCAACGAAGAUUGUUCAUCCUCUCAGACCUGCAGGAACAAUGUGUGUGUCAACCCAUGCAGUGGCAACGCGUGUGGCGAGAAUGCCAUCUGCGAAGUGAGGAACUACCAGGCCAUCUGCAGAUGUCCAGAGUACUACUCGGGAGAUCCCUACAACAGAUGCACAGCUCAGUGCUUUGAUCAUGACGACUGCCCGAAUCACCAAGCAUGCUCCCUGCUGAAGUGCAUCAACCCGUGUGAGGGAGCAUGUGGUGAGCGCGCUGACUGCAAGGUCAACGACCACCAACCUAUUUGCUCCUGCCCCAGGGGCAUGACCGGCCAUCCCUUCGAAAGGUGCCGCCCCUUCACCGACGAGGAUUUCUGCAAACCCAACCCAUGCGGUGAUGGUGCCAACUGCCAACCUGGUACAGACAGAAGUGGGGUGAAGAAGGCAGUUUGCACGUGCCCUCACGGUUACAUCGGUAACCCUCUGUCACGGUGCACAAAGGGCCAAUGCACUCAAGACAACGAGUGUCCUGGUUCCCAGACCUGCUUCCUUUUCGAGUGCAAGGACCCUUGUGUAGGCAUCACCGGCAGCGUGUGUGGUGAGAACGCCAAGUGCAUUGUCAGGGACCGCAAGCCUGUGUGUUCCUGCCCUGUUGGAUACACUGGUGACGCUCGCCAGGCUUGUUCCCCAGCACCUCACAGCCGCGGCCGCUUCUCUCUAGGCAGAUUCAAGUAGUGAGACAUACACAAAGACACGUCCCCCUUAAUUCCCCUUGGACAGAUAUGAAGCGUCAAGAAGAAAUGGAGAGGCUACAGAAUGGUGAAAGACUGGCUGUUGUGUCGUCCAUUUGAAGCAGGGGAAGGCAGACUUGAGUAAUAUUAAUUGAACUGUUAUGAAGUUUUGUCGGUAGCGUCGUUGGAGUAAUUUGUCAGUGUUCAAGGCUCUCUAGCUUAUUUAGAAGAGAUGCGUAAAAAAAUACCGAAACUACUGCGACUUCUCACCCGUGGGAAGGGAAGAAUUACACCACAAAAUACUAGACUACAGUAAACCACCUUACAACAUACACUGUAUUUAAAUUCGCUUCAGUAAUACAGUAAUAAAAACUUAAUUAUGCGAAAAAAUACAUUUAAUUAAUAAAAAGUUCGAAUUUUUCUAUACUUUGUAAUAUAAAAAUAUUCUCUGAUCGGCGUUUUGACCGAGAUGUUGGUACAUCAGCAGAUAAAAUAAAUUUUCAAUACUCGAAUUCAAUUAUUCAGUUUCCGGGUUGCAUUUGGCAAUGAUCAGUUCAAACACUAACGAGCCCUCUACUAAAAAAAAAAAUCAACCUCUUGGUCUUACCCCGGAAGGGUCAAUGUUGUCUGUGCUCGGUGUCACACGAACCUUACACCACACCAAGCUUUACUUCAUUAAUAAUAGUUCCAGUUAACCAGCCGUAGAUUUGCACAAACUCUUUUUUAUUUUUUUUAAUCAACUUUUGUAAAGUCGGCGAAGCGUUGUAUAAUAUAAAAUCAACUUAGGGCUGUCGCUUGCAGUGGUACUAAAAUACGAACCGAAACAUUGUCCAAUCGUGUCUGCUUUUCCUAGUCAUCCUAUACUAAACAUUGUGUAGAAAACGGGAGCUGGUGUUUUAUAAAGAUGAGCGUGUAAGAAGAAAUGGGAGGUGUUAACAGCGUAAAAUGCUCUAGAAGGCUGUCUCUUCGAGUUUUUCUGGUGGAACUUUACUCCAGUGAUCAAUGUAAACCCUGGGUGCAGAUUUCUGAAAGAUUCUUCAUCGCGACAUUCAUGUUAGGAGAGCCUUAGUGCACUGCCUGUGUUUCGGCCCCACCCCGUUCCGCCCACUUUCUAAAUGGGCUCCGCCUAGCCUCUUUUUUCAAAAAAAAUGCUUUCUCAAUGAACCCAGUUCAUUGGGUCAUACUUAGCCUCUUCCAGACCCUAUUUCCUCAAUAAGUCUCGCCCGUUGGGCCUCAUCACUCAGUCUAGCUUUGUCCCCGCCUACUGUGUCCUCGUCCCACCUUCACCCCCGUUGGGAGGAUACCUGUAGCCAAGACAUCUUUCAGAAUAUGUAUGUAUGUAUGUAUGUGUCACUCGAGAGUUCCCAUUGCUGUGUAAUUAUUCCUAGUUAGUAGAGAUCCUCGAACUGAGCCUUCGUCCCCCUCACUAGUUAUGGGUUAUACCAAAUAACACACUAAUAUUAUUCUUCAUUAAUAUAUAUAAAUACAAAAUACAAAAAUCUA